AGUCGGAAGUAAACCAUCUUAAUGUGAAUUUCGGAUGCACAAACAGUGUGAUCAGGGUGUCCAGGAGAUGUAACGCCCUGUCGAUCGAAAAUGCCAGAAAGCUUGAGAUCUGGAGCAGGAUUGCACUAGCGACCAUGGUGCAUUCUUCCAGUCCUAGCGCUGUCCUCAGGAACAAAUUUAGAGACCCUUAAUUCAAGAUGACGCUUCGAUGUCCGCCGCUUUGUUAGGGAAGAUGGUAGAUGUAAAAUGAUCAUGGUACCUGGAAGUUUUUCCCAUCUGAAUGAUUAUAAUUCUUUUUUCACUUAAGAGAGUUGUUCUGUUAUAUAUCACUAUCCUACUCUUGAAAGCACGACCUCAAUAACAAAACCGAAGAUGUCCAACUCAGCAAAUUCCGCAGAUCAGACAGGCGAGAAGUCUUUCCUCUCAAAUCUUAUUUCUGGCAAGACGCCAGGAGUCAAGAAUAUUGAGGCGGCAUAUAGUCGCGCGGGAGCGUCGAACAACCACACGCCAGGAGUUGCAAGUCAGUUAGGCAGUCAGGAUCAGAGGAGUGGUGCGAGCGAGCACCAGGGAGUAGGAAGUGCAAAGUUCAAGGAAGGAUUCAGUGACCAGAGACAAGAGGUAUGUUUUCUGUUUAGAGUUGAUCGUUAUGAUUGAUCAAGAGUCGGGUGCUGAUGAAAUGAUCUGGUAGCCUUCGAUUAUUGGAAAGAUGUUCAAUAAUGUUAUAAAUGGGACGGACUCGACAAAGUGAGGAGGUUUUGAUCUUUCACCGAAUUAUGUAUAGGACUUAUUGUGGAGUAAACCAUAGACAGAACCGGGCAUUGACGAGGGGUGUUGGGAUACAGCCACUUAAGACAGGCACUUGACAUAAAAUCUCUUCUUGUACGAUAGAUCAGUAAUCUGAAGGUUUCGGGUUUGAUAU